CAAAUUUAAAGCCUCCACCGAAAGUAAAAUAUGGCGGUAUCUCUAGCAAGCAUGUAGUUAUGAAAACAUAACCUCUUUUACCGAGUUAAAUAUAUUUUUAUUUGUAUUUUAUAAAAGAUAAAACAUAAAGAAUUGAAAAUGCCGACAGAUCAUAAACGAAUUAAUGGUCCAGAAAUAUCUGUAUCAUAUAAUAUUUAUUCUAAUUCUAAUAGCGAAGAAAAAUAUACAGAAAGUAAUAUUUCUAUAAGGAAGGAUGGUCGUGCGCAUAACAAACGGAGGGAAAUAUUUUUAAAAACAGGAAUAAUUAGUCAAGCAAAAGGUUCUGCAUAUAUUGAAAUGGGUGAUACUAAAGUUGUAUGCUCUGUCUAUGAUCCCAGAGAAAUUCAUAAUAGGAAUGAAUAUAGUACGCACGGUGAACUGUUUUGUGAAUUCAAGUUUGCGCCGUUCUCUUGUAAAAAAAGAAAAAUACAUCAACAAGAUGCGGAGGAGAAAGAAUAUAGUUUGAUUCUUAAAAGGGCUUUGGAACCAGCAGUUUGUUUGCACGAGUUUCCUAACUUUCAAGUAGACGUUUAUACAACAGUUUUAGAUAACGAUGGUUCAUCCUUAGCAGCUGCUAUAACUGUAGCUAGUGUAGCACUAGCUAACGCAGGCGUUCCUAUGUUUGGUUUGGUUACCGCAUCUUCCAUGGCUAUCUAUGAUAAUCUACUGCUUCUUGAUCCAACGGAUAGUGAAGAGUUAUAUUGUAGCAAAAAUUCCUCAACUUCUGGAAAUCAUGGCAUUAUAAUGCAAGCGUUUCUUCCCCAACUUGAACAAAUUUCAGAACUUUUCUUGAUUGGAAAUUUAAAUAUGGAAAAUGUUAUUAAUGCUAUAGAAGUUAUAAAACAAGCUAAUAAAGAUAUAUAUCCACUGUUACAACAAUGCCUCGUCAGAUCAGUUUUCAAAGUAAUAAAAGAAACGAAGUAUAAGGAAAAUGAAGCAAAAGAAAUAAAACAAUUAGAUUAAAAAAUCAAAUAAUUAAAUCUAUUUUAAACGUAGGCUUUUAUUUUUAAGUAAAGAUUAUUUUGUAAUAAUAAUAAAAACAAUUA